CGCGCUGGAUGGUUGUCUGCUUACUACAGCAAGCAGAGAAAGAGUAAAGAGUAAAGACUCGGUUUAAUUUUCGCCGACGCAUUAGCAGCGUGCAACUCAAAUAAGUAACAUCUCGAUUAAAUUUACAUUUAUUAUUAUUAUUAUUAUUUAUUUUAUUAUUAAUUAUUAUUACAAAUUGUCAUAUUAUAUAUACUCAUAUAUAUGUAUAUAUUCAUAUAUUUGUGAUUUUAUAGUUAACUACAAGUAAUUGUUUAUUUACUGAAUUUUCAAUGAAAGUGAUAUUGUAAUUUUUUAUAUUUUGAAAUUUAAUUAAUUUUUUUAUUGAUUGGAAAUUUUAAUUUAAUUAUAAGUGAAAAAUUUUAAGUGGAGUGGAGUGAAGUGAAGUUUGAGUUGACGGAUGCUGUAUCAGUAAAUUGAUUGUAAAAAUUAUAUAUUUUUUUUUUAUGUAAUGGAAAUUUGAAAAUUUAGCGAUCGGCGAAAAACUUUUUGUUUGGAAGUGGAAUUUAUUUAAAAAUUUGAGAAUGUGGGGGCUAUCAAGUAACGUAAGCAUGUUACGCAAUCCAGCGAGAACAAAGACCUCCCAAGCUCAUUAGUAUAUUUUAAAAAAAAAAGAAAAAAAAAAGAAUAGAUACAUAUGGAAAAAAUUAUCGAAUUACUGUCAUUAUCACAAUCGGUAAAAUGUCGAUGACAGGAAGUCUGAUGGGUUACGAGAACAACAAUGAGAUAAACCAACUAAAAUGUAAUAACAAAAAAUACCAACAGAAGUCAACUUUAAUAACGGCAUCGUCAACAACCGCACCGUUACCAAUGACGUUAACAAGUACCACAACAAUGAUUGCUUCAACCCCAAUAACAACAACAAAUGUUAAUACUACAACAACAAUUAAUACCUCUGUCAAUAAACAACGGGAGUAUGCCUCUAAUUUACGGCGUAGUGAACAUAUGGCUAAUAAUAACAAUAGUUCACGAAAUAAACGAGAAACUUGUAAUCGCGGUCAUGCUAAUGGAUUAUGGUCUGUUUGGUAUGGAAUAUUUGUUGUUACAUUGCAAGCAUAUAUUGCAACAAGAUGUGCUAAACGAUUUGUUGCAUAUUUAUCAUUGCCAUGGCCGACGGAUGUGCAACCACCAAAAUUUGAAUUACAUGUCUGUAUCGUUCUAACGGGAACCGGCGUACUGUUGCUACCGAUAUUGUUAGCAGCGGCAUUUUUAAAGCUGGGUAAUUUAGCCAAUGAUGGUAUUAAACUCGGCAGACAUACUAGCACGUGUACACGUGAUCCACCGGCAACUUUAUUGGGUAAUAAUGCUGUUGACAAUGGAUUAGCUGGAAGUUUAUGGAAACAUGGUGGACCAACUGCAGCAUUUGUACAUCUUUGUACAGCAAUGUGCUUUUUAUUACCAUCAUUAUUAAUGGAAGCACGUCUCAUUUAUGCUGGAUUUUUACCAAAAGAUGCAAUUUGGCGGACUGAUCUCGAUUGGAUAGUAGUCCACCGCGAUCGUUUAAUUUACCUAAACUUUAUGAAUCCAUCCGGCAAUAUAAAUAUAAAUAAUUACACAACCAACAGUACUUACAAUAAUAAUAUAAAUAUCAAUAAUAAUAAUCCAUUUUUAAUAACAAAUAUCGAAGAAAGUAAUUUAAAUAAUGAUAAUAUUUUAAAUACUACUAGUGGAUUUAAUGCAACCAAUCCACUUAAUUUUACAAUAUCAAGUACUACUAAAAUAAAUAAUAAUAAUAAUCGUGGAUCGACUGAAUUUUUAAUAAAAAAUGAUCACAGUGUAGCAACUAGUCCGAUACCAAUCGCAAGAAAUAAAAAAGUAAUAUACAUAAAAACUCGUGAUUUAAAUUUAAAUGACAGUAAAAUUGACAAAGAUGGAGAUGUAAAAAAAAAAAUAAAUAAUAUGACUGCAUAUAAUUUACCAUAUGUGAUAAAUAGUAUUUCGGAUUUAGACCGCAUUGAAACUGAUACUGAUGAUGAUACCCACGAUGAAAGAAAAAAUUUUAUAAGCCUCGAGUACUUAAAUUAUGCAAUGGCACUCGCUGUUUACUCAGUUCGAUAUCCCGCAGUAUUUUGGUCUUGCAACAAAGCCAUUGGUACAAUAUUUAGUAUACAAUUAUUUAUUAAUUCUGUACAAAGUUUGAUAAGUUAUGCUGGUAUGUCCGUACUAUAUAAAGUACAAGUAUUAGGGCCACAUAAAGUAUUAAAUUUAGUACGAAAUCGUGUCCAGCCGACACCAAUUUACUCAAGUCGUUUACAAAAAGUUGUGACAAAUUUAUUCGGUGAUACGACACAUUUAUUACUUAACCCACAUGUCACACUAGCAUUAUUUGCAUUAUCAUCUUUGUUGAUUCUAUGCUCAAGUAUGGUGACUUAUCUUUACGCUUAUGGAAGAUUCGCAACAUUUUUAGAACACGAACAUCAACGACGUGUAAUAAUAUCAAAAGAGGGCCGGCGUAAUAGCUCAGGCUGGGCUUACUUUACUCACUGUGCAGCACUAUGUGUUUUUUUAGCUCUUGUAAUAUGCAACGCUCCACUUCUGUAUGAUUAUACUGUUGUAUACCGCGGAAGUCUCGACGGAGUAAUAUUAGCAUGUAUACUCGGUACAAUAGCCCACUUGUUUUUGUGGUUAAUAUUCUGGUUCUUUUUGACAAUAAAACGUAAUUGGAUUUUUAAAGUACGGGUAACAAUAGCACGUGCUACUGUUCGUUCAGCCCGGUCUGUUAAAUUGGUAACGGACGUUGAUUUAUUGUCGUGUAGACGAAAAAGUACUCAUAAGAGUAAUUCUAGUAAUGAUGAUGAUGAUAAUGAUGACGAUACGUUAAUUGAUCAUGAAUUAGGCAGUGAUGCGCCUUUAUUAAUUGUUGGAGAUGGUAAAACUUAUAGUAUUGCUGAAUCUUCACCUAAAAAAGCUAUCAUGUGUGUUAUUCAAAAGGCUAUUAUUGAAAGAAAAGCCAAACAAAAUGAAGGAUUGGGCGCCACAGUUAAUCGUGCGUCAGGCGAAACAAGCUUAGACGGAGAAGAAGAACAAAUAUACUGGCUAAGGCCAAAAUUACGGCCGUCACCAGAACAAUCACCCAAUGGUGGAACAGGUGGAGCAUCAACAUUAGACAAAAGUUGGCUCAACAAAAAGCUCCGGCCAAAAGUGACAUUUAAUGAUCUGCCUAGUACGUCUGGCUCGCGCAAUAAGGGAAAAAGACGAGGUAAUACCGAGGGUGGACCAGACGACGAUGGUGAUUAUGCCACGUUACGUGAGUUACCAUUAAUGACUGGCAUCGACCCCGCUGAUGAUUCGACAUCCGAAGAAAACAAGUUACUGGAAUGCGUUAAUGAUGAUCAAGUGACCUAUUACGCAAGUGGUAACCGCGAUCUUCACCCAUCAGAGGGCGACCCAUCUCCACUAUUAACCCCAGAGCCUUUACCUGACCCAAAUUUACCAAUCGUUCCUGUUCCUUUACCGAUUCCAAUGGCUGUAACUAAUGAAUUAACCAUCGCCUCUACGUUAUUAACAACAUCUAGUGCUGCACCUGUUCUUAAUUACGAUGAAACUGUCGUUAAUGACUCUAUUAAUCAUCCAUUACCUCAGGCGAACGGUCUUCCAAGAUGUCUACGACACGCGGAUUCAGGGAUGUCCCAAGACCAAUUAACUCCUCGGUCAGAUUCAUCAAAUUCUCCGGCAAUCGAGCCUUUGACAAAUGGCGUCCAUCCAGUGCCAAAUUACGAGAUUAUAGAACGCAGCAAUACUUCGUCCAACAGCGAGUCAUCAAGCGGUGUCCAUUCAAACAUAAGCAAUGUCAGUAACUCUACCAACGUAAGUCACCCCUCGAUAAACACGCAACAAUCACGUCGCGCUACCAGCGUCGAUGAUCUUACGGUAACGGAUGGUUAUGGGGAUGAAAAAUGGCGGAGUUGUUCACUGCAACGUGGCAUCCAACCGCCUAAUCAAAACUAUAACUCCCCAGGACCUGGUUCUGGGCAGACCCAGUUCACUAAAUUCAAUACGAUUGAUCGUAAAUCUUCAAAAGGGGGUCCAUGCCCAGCAAUAAUAUUAGAAAAUACCUCGGAGUCAACGGUUGUGAUACGUCGGCGCAUGUCACGUCCUAAAUUACCCGAGUCAUGGAAUCCAAAUGACCCGGAGCCAUUUUCUCGCAGUACUAACAUGCGCAUGACGUCAUUUACUGAAAAUAGUGAUAUAAAGAGUUGCAUUAAUGGCAAUGCGUCGGCAACUUUGCCACAUUAUCCAACCCAACCAAUUGUACCAGCCUAUCCGCAUUGUUCGACAAUGCCGUUACCACAUGGUGUACACUCUGCUAAUAACGUCAGCGGCGCUACUGGGACUGGAGGUAGUUGUGGUUCAGUACCUCAACAAAACUCCGUACCUAUUAUACCUAUUGGCGCUGUAAAUCAUACGACAUUACCGACCACUUUGGCGCCAAAUCCCAUUAAUGGUCGGUGUAAUUUUCCUACCAACAACCAACUGGUUAAUCAGCCAGUUAAUGGAGGUUAUGUAAAAAGAUACCCAAUAAAUAAUGUACUGCCAGUACAGACGCAGCAGUGGUCUUUACCCACUGGUCAUCACACUUUUCCGCAGCCACUUCAGAACAAAUUUUUCGGAAGUAAUGUCGCUAGUGUAAGAGUUGCUGAUCGUGACUCAGCUAAUUUUUCAAUGGCUAGUAGUGGGGAUUCAGAUAUUUGUCAUCAUUAAUGUUAACGAUUAAUAUGGCGCCCAUAGAUUGGUCACUAGUUAAUCUCAUCGGAGUAUAGGGUUGUUGGUACUCGUUUAACAGGGAAUUUUAUGAGCUUUCAUAAAAUGAAAAGGGUUUUUUGAUAAAUGAAAUUUUUGAUGUACUCGAAUGGGGUUUUUUGGAUUUUUUAAUAAAAUAUUAAGGUUUUUAAGAUUUUUAAUGGGUCUAAUGAAUUUUUAUGAGUGUUUUUAGAAUGGGAUUAAGGAUAUUUUUUCACGCCGAGUUGAAUGAGUACCAACAUCGAUAGGUUUGGAUAAUUAUUUAUUUUUAAAAUAAUAUCCGUAUCUAGGGUUAAAUCUUUUUUGAGUGAGAUUUUUAGGGUUUGAAUAUAAGGUUGUUGGUACUCGUUUUCGAGGAAAUUUUAUAAGCUACACGAUAGUAUAAUAUUUAAAUAUAAAUAUAUAUAUAUAUAUAUAUAUAUAUAUAUAAAUAUAAAUAAUAUAUAAACGUAAUAAAUAAUUACUAAAAGCUUUCACAUCC